UAAAAAACUAUUUUAAUAUUUUAUUCCUUUUUAUAUUUCGAAAAAUAUAUUUGGUUUCUUCUCCAACGCUUCUUCAAAUGAUUUUGCUGUUACAUUAUCGAUCGGCAUUCGGCACAUUCAUCUUCUCUCUAUAAAUCUUCCUUUUUCUCUCUCUAGAUGUUUUUUGUUUGACUGUUUCUCCAGCAUUAACCGAUAAAACAUAACUGAAGCUCAUGGAAAAGAGACGUGCUGUGGUUUGAUAUCUUGUUGACAUGACUGACUCUUAUUUUAUCCACAAUAUAGCAAGUAUUUGACAGAAAUCAGUGACUGCCUUUUAGAUGAUAACUACUGAUUGCAGCUCGUGAAGGCUGCGUUUAAGCAUGUUGAUGGUCUUUCAGUUGAUUUUCAGUUUUUUUAGUGAUGAGAGGUGGAUUUUUUACCAUUUACCGUAUCGUAUGCUGCACAUAAAGAGUGAUAUAUGUCAACAACCACAUGAGCACUAUUUUUACAGAGUAGAAACCUCUAUCAGGAGGUUAGAGGUCCAUUGAGAAAUUGUUGGUCCACCAGUCAUUGUAAAUCGAAAAUGGAAAGAUAUAGAAUAUUGAAGGAGCUUGGAGAUGGAACUUGCGGUAAUGUAUAUAAGGCCAUUAAUACAGAAACAUCUGAAAUUGUUGCAGUAAAGAAAAUGAAGAGGAAGUUCUACUUUUGGGAAGAAUGUGUUAAUCUACGUGAAGUAAAGUCCCUCCGUAAAUUGAAUCAUCCUAACAUCAUCAAACUGAAGGAGAUUGUCAGGGAGAACAAUGAGCUAUUCUUCAUACUCGAGUACAUGGAACAUAACUUGUACCAACUAAUGAAAGAACGACAAAGACCUUUUCUUGAGGAAGAGAUUCGAGGAUUGAUGUCUCAGGUGUUGCAAGGACUUGCCCACAUGCAUAAAAAUGGUUACUUUCAUCGGGACCUGAAACCUGAGAAUUUGCUGGUGACAAAUGACAUAAUUAAAAUUGCUGACUUUGGGUUGGCUAGAGAAGUGUCUUCAUUACCUCCUUUCACUGAUUAUGUUUCAACUCGUUGGUAUCGAGCUCCAGAAGUUUUGUUGCAAUCUUCAUCAUACACACCUGCUAUCGAUAUGUGGGCAGUUGGUGCGGUACUUGCUGAACUUUUCACUCUUUGCCCAAUUUUCCCUGGUGAAAGUGAAAUUGAUCAGUUGUAUAAGAUAUGCUGUAUUCUUGGACCGCCAGACUGGACUAGCUUCCCAGAACUGAGAAGUGCUUCACGGUUAUUUGAUUUUAGUUGUCUUGAUAUUAAACCAGCCAAUAUGUCUGAUGUCAUUCCAAGUGCUAGCUUGGAAGCUAUCGAUUUGAUCAAGCAACUCUGUUCGUGGGACCCAUUGAGGAGACCAACUGCUGACCAAUGCUUGCAGCACCCAUUUUUUCAUGUUGAUAUGUGGAUUCCUCGUCCUCUAGGGGAUCCGUUGCAGAUGGAUUUGAGUAAUGUUGGACCUGAGCCUAAUCUUGAGUUGAACCUGUGGGAUUUUGGGACAGAAAAGGAUGACUGCUAUCUUGGUUUGACUUUGGCUGUGAACCCGAGUCCCUCUUGCCUGGAUCUCUUUCCUGCAAAGAUGGCAAGUAAAAGUCAAGGUACAGGAAUGGAUAUGCUGUUCUGCCCUAGUUACCAGGAUCACUCACAACAAUCAGUUUUCUGGUCAUUGUUUCCUCCUGAUCACCAUCAAAUAUCUACUCCAGUGGACUCAUCAUUAUCAUUAUCAUUCAGCACAAUUCCACACUCAAAUAUUGGAGUUCCACAAUCAACUGGAUUUGGCAUGACAUCUUUGCAGUCUAACUUCUUGGAGCGACCCUUUCUGGCUAUGUCAUCCUCCUUCCAGCAGAGACAAUGCCUUUGAGCUACUGAUUCAACGGGCCGACUCGAGUAAAUAAGAGAUUAGUAGGAAUUACUUGUAAUUUGUAAAUGUCAUUAUCAUCAUAGAUUAAUAUUUAUUCACGAGGACUAUGAUAAGUCGAUAAGCCCUUCUUUCAUUCUCAGGAAGAUUUUCUUCUAAAGAUGAAGUGACCCACGCCCCUUUUACGUGGUAUAGUUGGUGCCCUUGUGGGAACAUCUCUAUAAGAGAUGAGUGAAAGAUACUACUGUAAUUAUUCGACCAUCAUAGACGGAAAAAGAGAACUUGCAUUAUUUCAUAGAUUUUUUUUUUUUAAUAUCUCAA